AUGACUGCCAGGUUGAAACAUGAUGUUUUGUCUUGCAGCAGGGAAAGUUUCAGGAUUUUUGUUGCAAUGUUUACAGUCUCUAGAAGGUCCGUGAACAUUGUUAUUUACUGGGUUGCGAUGUAUAAUGAAGCUAAGUUAGCAUUCUUCAUAUAUUCGACGGAAACUGAUCGUACCCUAGUAGAAUGGAGAGCUAGGUUUGACGUCACAUUUCUGCAUGUGCAAAAGGAUACUAGCCACGGUCAGAUGAGAGCUGUUGAGAUUAUGCAGUAUGUUGCUAAACAUUGUAAAGGAAAGCCUAAGCCUAGCCAAGAGCGGAAUGGUGCAGUCUCCAAGCAAUCUCCUAUAAUUGCACAAAAUCUUCAAUCAUUUCCUACUCUAAAAGACAAGCUCAAUCAACAUCACUUGGAAACAAGUAGUAAAAAUAAAGACGGAAAUGUUCCAGCGCAAAUGGCGUCUCCAAUUGCGAAGCUUCCAGAUCCCACUUUGGGAGAGGGUAUUUUAGAAAAUCUUAAGGAAUCACCCUUGUCUACCAAUGGUUUAGCAUCUGGCAUGACAGUUUUCCCGAAGUUCACUAUAGAAAUCACUAACCCGUUUAAAAAGAAUGGAGUUUGA